AUGUAUAAUUCAGUUUGGUUGGAGGAAGAAGAAGUCCAUGUGCAUCGGUUCUUAUGGAGAGACUCACCGAAGGAUGAGAUUGAGGAUUACGCUGUUGUGAGAGUGAACAUGGGGGACAAACCUGCGGGAUGUAUUGCGCAGGUUGCAAUGCGUGAGACCGCAAAAUUACCCCAGUUCUCUGAUAAGAAAGAGGAAAGGAGGGUCAUCGAGGAAGAUUCCUACGUCGAUGACAUCCUCACUUCCCACAAUGACCCACACCGUCUAAACAGAAUUCAAAGGGGGGUGGAAAAGAUACUAAAAGCAGGGGGCUUCUACCUCAAACCUUGGAUCCGGUCUGGUCAGAGUGGGAGGAGUAAUGGAACAGGGUCCAUGCCAAUGGCCCUAACAUUGCCCAACCAGUUAAGGGAGGAGGACAACAAAGCCCUGGGGGUUGGUUACCUUGUGCAGGAAGAUAAGCUCUUUGUGAUGGUCUCAAUCAACUUUUCAAGUAGGAAGAAGAAGAUGAGAACUGAAACUGACCUUAUGGAAGACGAAGUAGAAGUGAAAACACCAAACCCACUUACUCGUCGUGUUUUAUUGAGUCAAAUUGCUGGACUGUAUGACUCGAUCAGUCAAACAGUGCUUGGGGCUAUCCAAAGAGAGAGUUACGGGUUCCAGACAUUCUUUGUGAACCGUACUGGGGAGAUUCAGAAGGCUGGAGAUGUAACUGAUUGGUGGUGGAUACCAGGCGAGGUCAACGUCGCUGAUCUAGUCACGAGGGGGUGCUCUCCUGAACUGCUGGGUGAAAAUUCUGUGUGGCAGAAAGGUCCUAAGUUUCUCUCCAGUCCAGUAAAAGAUUGGUCUAUAAAGUCUGCAUCUGAAGUGGCAACCGAUGCUAGAGAGGUAGUGGGUAAGCUCCAGAAAAAGGCCUUUUCUGCUGUCCUUACCAGAGCUAAAUCUGAGGGUUUAUUCAAUCCUAACCGCCCUGAAAGUGAAGAUCCAGUUGUCACUGAUGAAAAUAAUUCAGUGUCCCCAGAAAAUGGAGUGAAAGUGAACCUAAAUGAGGCUAAGGAGAAGGAGACUCUGUGGGGAGCUGCUCUCAUAGACCAAGUUGAUCCAACAAGAUCAGGUCAUGAUGCCAGACUUAUUAAUCCAGCAGUUUACCAGCUGAACACUGAAAGAAAAUGCAUUGAUGAGUCUAAUAAAAAGGUCAGACAGUGGACAUAUGGACAAAGAGACAGAAACAAGCAGAAUAAAGUCCUUCUGAUGGUGGGAGAAACCGGCACUGGGAAAACAACACUCAUCAACACCAUGAUCAAUCACUUACUGGGAGUGAAGUUUGAGGAUCAAGAGUUUUAUCAAAUCACUGAAGAAAAACAACAAGAAGAUCAAUCCCAAUCCCAGACCUCUGAGAUCACAGUUUAUGAGGUGUUUGUGGAAGAAAACCCAACAUCUCUGACCAUCAUCGACACUCCAGGUUAUGGAGACACUCGAGGACACGAGAAAGAUGCAGAGAUUGCAGAAUAUCUGAGCAGAUUAUUUGCAGAUAAAGAUGGGGUUCGGGAUAUUGACGCAGUGUGUUUUGUGAUGAAGGCGUCUCAGAAUCGACUCUCUGGAAAAGAGCUUUACAUCUUUCACGCAGUUCUGUCUCUGUUUGGUAGAGAUAUCGAGAACAACAUAGUGUUUCUACUCACUCAUUCAGAUGGAGGACUGCCAACCGAUGCUCUCAGUGUCAUUUAUAAAGCAGAAAUACCCUGCAGAAGAGGAGAACCUGUUUACUUCUUAUUCAACAACCGACAGAAAGAGGGGAGAGACAAACGUUAUGAACAACCUUACAGAUCAGGUUGGGAAAUGGGGAAGAGCAGCAUGGAUAAGUUUUUCACAAUCCUGGAAGAAAAGAACAAAAAAAGUGUUCAGAUGACGUUAGAUGUACUGAAGGAGAGAACAAGACUUGAUGCUUGUGUCUGUAAUCUGAGUGAUCAAAUUAUUGAAAAGGAGACAAAACAUAAUGAACUGACUCAGAUUCAGAAAGCUCUCAGACAAAACAGAGAGAAGAUCAAGAACUACGAAAACUUUCAGUUUACAGUCAAUAAAGUUACCAAAAAAAAAGUCCCCAUUGUGAAUGAAUGGUGGUGGAACAGCAACGCAACCUGCUGCUCCGUCUGUGAGGAAAACUGCCAUGAAUGGGGCUGCUCUUGGGUCUCUUCUAAUAAUCUUUCACUGUGUCUGGUUAUGAGUAAAGACCACUGCACUGUGUGUUCAGGAAAGUGUCAUUACAGCAAACACGUCAGAGAGAACAAAAAGUAUGUGACCAAGCCAGAGAAAGUCACUAUGACAUUUAAUGAGCUUCAACAGCAGUAUGAAGACAGUGCCCAAAAGCCUGGAAUCAGCUUUGACAAGAAAAUAUAUGAAAAUAACAAAAAGGAAUAUGAAGAAAUCAUGAAAGAGUUUCAGUGUAAAACAGAGAAAGAAAAUAAACUGAUCGAUGAUCUGAAGAAGAUAGAAACGAAAAAGUCCAACAUUCUGCAUGAAGCUUAUAUCAGCAUCAUGAGACUCUGUGACAUCGCACUAAAAGCAGACAGCGCUUUCACUCUUCAGCAUCUGGAUUUCCUGAUUCCCAGACUGAAGGAGGAAGAGGGGAAAGAGGAAUGGGUGAAGAAGCUGGAGGAGCUGAGGAAAACUGGAGAAGAGCCGAAAAACAAAGAAGCUUUACGUCAUCUGAUGAAUACUCGAUUGCAAAAAUGAAACCAGUUUGUCUUUCAUGCAAGUGAUAAAAAUGAAUGGACAGGAUGACAAAAGAUGACAAAUAAGAGCAGAUGAUGAUCCAUCAGAGAAAUACUAAAUUAUAAAACCAUUAUACUUAUUACAAGAGUAAAAUAUAUCCAUAAUGCUUGUUUAAUAACAGCAUUCCGUUUAGACAAAUUACUUAAUUUUAUAUAUUGCUAUAUCUUAUAUUAUACAGAUUCAAUGAGAAACUGCAAAGUUGGUUGAGUUUACUAACAGAUUUACUUAAAAAAGUAUAAUAAUGAAAAUAUUUUAUCCUCCUUUUUGGCUCAAAAUCUGAAGAGUCAAUUUUAUAUAGAUUUUUUGGGGGGGAACUGAAAUGCAAAUGUCAAUGA